AUGCGACUUAAUAACAGCUCGAGUUCUGCAUCUGUUGCAUCACGUUUAUAUACGAACGGAACACGUGGCUCAAGACGUGGUAGUUUUGGUAGUGAAUCAGAACUGAUCAACUUCAGUGAUACUGAAAAUUCAAUGCACGAAUUCAACGAAAUCUGCAGUCAGGUUUCAUCUCUGUCCAAAAAGGUCAAUGAUAUGGAAGAAGAACGUAUGACCUCUUCAGAAGAACGCUCGAGACUUAGGACUGAUAAUGCCGUUUUAACGGAACGUAUUCAUAUUCUUGAGGAGCAAAUGCAAGCUGCUGAACAGAGAUGGAAAGAGAAGUUGACAGAAGAAAAGACUCGUAAUCGAGAUAUCAUUUCUCGAAUGGAACGCGAAAAGCAGCUUGAAAUUGAAAGUUGUUUGCUCAAAUACCAAGUGCUUGAAAAAGAUUGUAUGGGUUUGCGUAAGGAAAGAGAGAAACACCAAGAAGAGAUCGCUAAUUUGCAACAAUCUGUUGAUGAUGCUCGUGGACAACUGAAUGAGGCGAAUGCGUUAUGUGAACAUCUCGAAGAAGAACGCAUCAAACUUGAACGUGAAUAUAAAAGGUAUCGUGAGGAAGCACAACAAGACAUUGACAGUAGCUCAGAGUUGGUUGAAGAGUUAUCGCGGCAGACCGAUGAAUUGAGACGUCAGCAUCAUGUGCCUAUUCCUAGACAAGGAUCUCUUGCCGAACAAAUUGUCUCAUUGGAAAGCGAGAUCGAGAGACUUCGCGCCGAGAACAAAGAGCUCCGGGAGCAGAAUGAAGAUUUGCAAGCACAGUUAUUGCAUGACUCGGUUGAGAGAGGGCAAAGUCUACUCGCUGAUCGUCUACCUUCAUUGGCCGAAGAACUUAAUGGAAAAGAUUCUACCGAAUUGAUGAAUGCGUUGAAAGAACAAGAGAUCUGUAAUCAGAAGUUACGUGUGUAUAUAAACGGCAUAUUGAUGCGUGUUAUUGAGUUGCAUCCCGAAAUACUCGAGAUUAAAGAAGAACACGAGCAGUCAUCUAGUUGA